ACGCGCGACGCAGCGCGACGCGGUGACGCACGCCCCUUUGUUGGCUCAGUAGCGGUAGCGGCGGCCGUGGAGGUGGCGCUGGGGACUGUUUUCUCUUGGAGGCCGGAGCGAAGCCGCGUCUGACUGAGGCGGGCGGCGAGCGGCCCCCUCGCUCCCUCCCUCCCUCCUCCGUGCCCUCCUCCCCGCCGCCGCCAGCCGCCAACUGCCAACCGCCGCUCCCGGGGAGGAGCCGCGGCCCACGGGGCCGGAGCCAGGCCUGCGUCCGGACAUCAGCCGGAGCCGGAGCGAGAGCCGGGGCCUCGGCGUCCCCGCCCUCUCCCCGCCUCAGGGCCAGCGUCCGCCGGGCCCCCGUGCGUCGCACCAUGGACUCGGACGAGGGCUACAACUACGAGUUCGACGAGGACGAAGAGUGCAGCGAGGAGGACAGCGGCGCGGAGGAGGACGAGGACGAGGACGAGCCGGACGAUGAUAACCUGGAUCUGGGCGAGGUGGAGCUGGUGGAGCCCGGGCUGGGCGUCGGCGGGGAGCGGGACGGACUGCUGUGCGUGGAGACGGGUGGCGGCGGCGGCAGCGCUCUGGGGCCCGGCGGUGGCGGCGGCGGCGGCGGUGGCGGCGGGCAGGGACACGAGCAGGACGAAGAUUACCGCUACGAGGUGCUCACGGCCGAGCAGAUUCUGCAGCACAUGGUGGAAUGUAUUCGGGAGGUCAACGAGGUCAUCCAGAAUCCAGCAACUAUCACAAGAAUACUCCUUAGCCACUUCAAUUGGGAUAAAGAGAAGCUAAUGGAAAGGUACUUUGAUGGAAACCUGGAGAAGCUCUUUGCUGAGUGUCAUGUAAUUAAUCCAAGUAAAAAGUCUCGAACACGCCAGAUGAAUACAAGGUCAUCAGCACAGGAUAUGCCUUGUCAGAUCUGCUACUUGAACUACCCUAACUCGUAUUUCACUGGCCUUGAGUGUGGACAUAAGUUUUGUAUGCAGUGCUGGAGCGAAUAUUUAACUACCAAAAUAAUGGAGGAAGGCAUGGGACAGACUAUUUCGUGUCCUGCUCAUGGUUGUGAUAUCUUAGUGGAUGACAACACAGUUAUGCGCCUGAUCACAGAUUCAAAAGUUAAAUUAAAGUAUCAGCAUUUAAUAACAAAUAGCUUUGUAGAGUGCAAUCGGCUGUUAAAGUGGUGUCCCGCCCCAGAUUGCCACCAUGUUGUUAAAGUCCAAUAUCCUGAUGCGAAACCGGUUCGCUGCAAAUGUGGGCGCCAGUUCUGCUUUAACUGUGGAGAAAAUUGGCAUGAUCCAGUUAAAUGUAAGUGGUUGAAGAAGUGGAUUAAAAAGUGUGAUGAUGACAGUGAAACGUCUAACUGGAUUGCAGCCAACACAAAGGAAUGUCCCAAAUGCCAUGUCACAAUUGAGAAGGAUGGCGGUUGUAAUCACAUGGUCUGUCGUAACCAGAACUGUAAAGCAGAGUUUUGCUGGGUGUGUCUUGGCCCUUGGGAACCACAUGGAUCUGCCUGGUACAACUGUAAUCGCUAUAAUGAGGAUGAUGCAAAGGCGGCAAGAGACGCUCAGGAGCGAUCUAGGGCAGCCCUGCAGAGGUACCUGUUCUACUGUAAUCGCUACAUGAACCACAUGCAGAGUCUGCGCUUUGAGCAUAAGCUGUACGCUCAGGUGAAGCAGAAGAUGGAGGAGAUGCAGCAGCACAACAUGUCCUGGAUCGAGGUGCAGUUCCUGAAGAAAGCAGUCGAUGUCCUCUGCCAGUGUCGUGCCACACUCAUGUACACUUAUGUCUUCGCUUUCUACCUCAAAAAGAAUAACCAGUCCAUUAUCUUUGAGAAUAACCAAGCAGACCUAGAAAAUGCCACGGAGGUGCUUUCGGGCUACCUCGAACGAGAUAUUUCCCAAGAUUCUCUACAGGAUAUAAAGCAGAAAGUACAAGAUAAGUACAGAUACUGUGAGAGUCGGCGAAGGGUUUUGUUGCAGCAUGUGCAUGAAGGCUAUGAAAAGGACCUGUGGGAGUACAUUGAGGACUGAGAAUGGCCCUGCAUAAAAUGAACUCUGAAAACUUGACCUUCUAGAGUGCUCAUGCAAUUAAAACACACACAACAAAACAAACACACAAGGAGGCAAUAAGCCUGUUCUGACACCGCUGGUCUGUCGUACCAGAAUUCUGUUUUGUUAACGGAAAGUUUAAGUAAAUUAUAUUGUAAUAAAAAAAAGGUAGAUAAACCAUUGUACAACAGUAUUCUAGGCCGCCAACAAAAGUGUGACAGACACACUAAAAGCCCUCCAACUUUAACUUGUAACGUAGCUUCAUUCUCAAAGCUGACUCCUUUUUUUCUUUUUCCUGAGUGUAGUACAGUUAAAAUUUAAAACAGGUCCUUGACACUGCUUUUCAUGUCCAAACCAGCCAUUUUGUUGUACUUUGGUAGAGGACCUCUUCCCCUCUUCCCCUCCACAUACAAAUACACCCACACACACAGACCGGCUCUCUCUCUCUCUCUCUCUCUCAUACCCCAAGGUCAUGAGUGAAUGAUGAUUAGUUCCUUGUAAAGAAAAUUCUUGGGGCGGGGAAGGGGGUAGGCAGCAAGAGGAAUUAAACAACAACAAAAAACUUUGUAUAUGACUUUUAAAACAAGAGGACAACACAGUAUUUUUCAAAAUUGUAUAUAGCGCAUAUGCAUGGACAAAGCAAGCGUGGCACGUGUUUGCAUAAUGUUUAAUUACAAAAAUAUUUAUUCUUUAAAAAUCUUCAAGAUUAUGUCUAUUUGCUGUGCAUUUUCUUUCAGUUUCCUUUAUCUUUCUAGGGUUGAGGGUUGGGAUAAAAAGCGUGUCGGUUUAGCACCUCUGGAAGACAUAACUAGAGCUCUUUGAUUUCCCUUUCCUGAGGUUCCUUUUCCCUUUCUGGUUUUGGUGUCUGUUCCUGGCUGUGGGCCUCAUGCCUUGAAUUCCCAGCGCGUGAUCAGGGCCAGAGAGGUCAGGCUCUGACAAAUGCGGCCCCAUGGCUGCAGGUUCACGGGGACCCGGUCCCCAGCCUCGUUCCCCUUGUGGCCUCACGCAUCUACUUAUGCCUCUUGUGCCCGUUCAUGCACAGGUGAAGGCGUCCUAGGCCCCCGAUCCCAUCCAGAGGAAACAUGUCAAGUAUUUUGCCUUUUUUCCUUUAAUUGCUGCUUUGAGCCUUUUAAGAUUUUAGUUACGGCUCUUUUCUCACCCCUUCUUUACAUUAGGGUGUCAAAUAGAAUAUUGUUGCUUUAAAUAUAAAUAUAAAUAUAAAUAAAUAGCCAUUCACUUAGUUUCAGAUUGUGAAUUUAAAAUGGCAGAUCCUGCAAUUGCUUGUGUGUGUUGCUGUGGGUUCAGUUUGAAGGCCAGCACCCCUAGAACAUGGUACUCCCAUCUAGUGCAUUUAAACAGAAAUCACUGACUUUGCUUCUUUUCUGUUGUCAGCAGAUAGGAGAAUUAAUAAUGCAUUUUAGCUGUGAUGUCCAUUUUUAUGAGAUUUCUACUAAGAGCUAUGUUAAAAGUAAAGGAUGGUGGUGGUUUUAUUAACUAUAUACCUGUUUAGGCCAUUCUGGCUGUGGUAUUUUUCAACAGGUCAGCAUCCCUAAAUCUUUCAGUUUUAUAAAGGAGUGCAGAGUGAACUAGGCAACUAUAUUAAGAGGUCUUAGUAGCAAAUACCAGUGUGGGCUGACGACCUCUUUGUCUUCCUUUAAAUGUCUGGCGCCUAGGGGGUGUUUACUGUUUGUGGGGCAACUUUGUCCGCCCUUGCAAUGUACAUCUUACUACUCCAUUGGGAAGUAGGUUUGCUUUCCUCUGGCCUUUUGCCUAAGUUAGGCUUUGCUCAAUCACCCUACUUUUCCUUUUAGAAAAGGUUGUUAUAAGAGAUGUACUUGCAACUGUUCUUUUCCCAUCAAAAAUCAGUGAAUGUUUGCCGAGCAUAUUAUGCUGCUUCCUUAAACCACUUGUCGCUUUAGGAUCAACUUUACCUGUCCCUUUUUACCCUCCUUUGUCAGCUCAGCUGCAGAUCUGAACUUGGUGUUCUGCUUCUUCCAUAUCCUCUUCUCUCUUCCCCCCAUCAUCCAUUUGACUUUAUUUUAAAUGACUGCAUCAAUCUUAAAAGGCAUUUAUCAAAACUAAGGAGUUUUUUUUUUUUUAAAGAAAGCUGGAAAAAGUUACUUUCCCUGGAAACUUUGUAAAGCAGCCAGAGUUGCUAUCUAGAUACAUGUGACUCCCUUGAAAUGUUUUGUGUAUGUGUGGUGUUUUUUUAAAAAGAUAUUAACCAGUUAACUGCAGUGUCUGAGUUUGAGUGUCAUAAAUCCACUUUACAUACUCCCCUUGCAACACGUAUCCAAAAACUGUGCACUUCAUAACAUCAGCCCCUGCCCCUGGAGGUACAGUGCUUCUCAGAGAUGCUUUCUGGUUUCCGUUUCCGUGUGGCACAUCACCUGAGGGCAUGCAGUUGUGGGUGCAUUCCCUAAUUUGUAUGGAUCAAGGUGAACCGGCCUUUUCUACUUCUGGGCUUUUAACGACUAUCUCCAUAUUUGCCAGACUUCUUGAGUUAAUUGCUUUCACUGCUAGUAGCUUCAGUGACUCCAGCUGGGAUAGGCAAGCCAUAUUGUAUGACAGACAGCUUCCCCAUUUCACUUUCCUAAGUCUUUCUGUCAAGAGGGCUCUGUUCACGGUAGGCACCAGGGUCUCCCUGUCUUGAGGGAGGUUACAUUGUCUUUUGGAAAGUGCAUGCUUCAUUUGAACAAUUCAUUGAGCAAUAGAUGGACUUUAAAUUAUUUACCAUGAAAUUUUGAUCCAAAGCUCAGGACACAAACCACAGUGGUAAAAUUGAGUAGCAUAUAACAUCAGACUAAAUUCUGUGUACUUUGCUGAGACCCAGAUUGUAUGUGUUUUAUGUGUGUUUAAAUAAAUAUAUUAAAUACACAUGUGUAUACAUACACACAUAUAUAACAGAUCCGAGACUGACUGACUUGAUUUGACAUGGUUGAAUCUUCAAUGUAAAAUGUGAUUCAGCCAUAAUUAGGAACUGAAAUUCAGUACAACAGAGAAAAGGACUUGAUGUAACAAAUUCUUUUAGCUGCAAAUCCCGGUAUAGAGCACUUGGGGGAUGGGAGGGGGCGGGUUGGUGAGACAAUCAGAUCCGUAAAAUUGAUUAAAUGCUCCUAACCCUGUAAUUUUGUGCAUAGAGCACCCUGUGCUGUGGAAAUAACUGUUCUUAGAUUUUCAUUGUAACUGGACUGUUCAGGUUGCCCAGAGGGAAAGAACAUUCCUAAUUCUAAUAAAAUAAACUUUUAUUUUGUUA